AUGCCCAGUUAUUCAGCGAUUUCUAAAUAUAAUGAUAAUGUGAAUCUUGAUUUUCGGACACCAAAAACCACAAAAAAAGUCAAGCCAUUAACAAACAGACAAGUUCCAGUUUUUCCCAUAGGAAUGUUAUUCGCUCAUGAUCGUGAUGGAGAACUAGGUCUUUGUACCGCCAGUGUAAUCAAUGUUCCCGAACAUGGAAAUGUUGGUCUUACUGCAGCGCAUUGUCUUUAUGAUCCCGAAAAUAAUGAAUAUCAUAAUAAUAUAACGUUUUCUCCCGGAUAUGACAAUGGACAAAAUGGUCCACUUGGAAGCAUUCCUGUCGAAGAUAUGAUAGUACCAAGGGAAUUUAUUACCAAUAAUAAUGAUGAGUUUGAUUGGGGCUUGAUAAGGUUUACAUUUAACAGAGAUGGUCAUCCAUUACAAUAUUUUACGGGAUCUCUCACUGUAAAGUUAUUCGAUGUAGGUGAUCGUGUUCAAACAACUAUUCGCGGUUAUCCAGAAGGAGGUGUUCUUCAAGGUUGUCCAAAUAAUGGGAAAACUCUUUGUACAUGGAGAGGAGAAGCAUUUUUGGCACCUGAUUUUUAUAUCAUGCAUGAUUUAAACUUAGGAGAGGGUGCAAGUGGAGCUCCUUUAAUAAUGAAUUAUGAUCAAAAUACCAACACUGGUUUUUUAUAUAGUAAUUAUGCUUCUUUUGAUGAACUCAACGAUCAGGGUAUUGGACCUAUUUAUAAUCCAAUAGAAUUCCAAGGAUUAUUAGGUAGCAUUACAGGUCUUGGAUAG